UUAAAAAUGGCGACCAGUUUUAAAAAGAAAAGUGGUCGCGGACGCGCUGUUUAUCCCCCAGGAACAAGGCCAUCUCUCCAUAAUAAUCAACUUUUAGUAUCUUCUGGAGUUCCAUCUAUGGACAACGUUAUAGGAGGUGGAAUAGCUGUAGGCACCGUUUUUAUGGUUGAAGAAGACACUUAUGGUUCUUAUGCACGACAACUUUCAAAGUAUUUUCUGGCUGAAGGAGUGAUAUCAGGUCACUCAAUCUUCUUGGCAUCUGCUGAACCAGAACCCAAUAAUAUUUUGAUGGAUCUACCACAGCAAGUUGACAAUAAAGAAAGCAAAUCAUCUGCUCAUAGUGCACAUGAACCAGGGGAAGGUUCUUCACCAAAUCAGUCCAUGAAGAUUGCUUGGAGAUAUCAGAAUCAACCAAAGUUUGAGUCAUCCCCAUCAUCUGGUACAUUUGGACACUACUAUGAUUUGACCAGAGUUAUGGACAAAACCAAGCUAAGCUCUGUUCCUAUUCAAACCUUCAUUGUGACCAGUGAGAUUGCAAAGUGUCUCAAUUGCACAGAGGAGAGAAAAACUGGUGAGAGUAAUGUGUACAGAACGCUUAUCGCUAGAAUAAAUUCUGCAAUCAAGGAAGGAGGAUUCACAACCGCUGACAAAGGGCUUGAGAACAGAACAAUUCUCAGAAUAGUUCUUCACGGUCUUGGCUCUCCACUCUGGGGAGAGGAGGAACACACUGGCAAUGAAAUAAACCCCACUCUGACAAGGUUUCUCUUCCAGUUACGGGCUACACUCCGUUCUUCUUUUGCAGUCUGCUUUGUUACGGUCCCCACCCAUCUGUUUCAGCAGGACCCAGCCCUCACUCGGCGUGUAGAGAGAUUCUGUGACACGGUAGUCAAACUGGAAUCAUUCACCGGCUCUGAGAAUGAAACGAACCCAGUUUACAAAGACUAUCAUGGUCUCUUUCACAUUGUUCGCUUGCCUCGUUUGAACUCCUUGGUGUGUCAUAUGCCAGAUUCUUUCGACCUCGCUUUCAAAUUGAGGCGAAAGAAGAUGACUAUUGAGAAGCUUCACCUUCCUCCAGAACUUUCAGAAACAGCGAAUAGGACGCAGGAAGAUUCAGUCCGAGGGAAGCCUGGAUCCCUCUCGUGCCAGUCCAUGGUCACCAAGAACCGUCUGGAUUUUUGACCCGCGCGGUAGCUGAGGACAUGCGCACCAUCGGCGGAGAAUGACACCAGCCAAGGGAACAGUCAAGGUAGCAGUCAGUGGUUGUUUUGGAGUAUAUACUGUGGAUUGCUCACGUUUGAAGUAAAUACGGCGAGUGUCAUCUUUAUUGUACAUCUACUGUGCAUUAAAGAAAAAAAGGAAAUAGUCAAGGACUUUCAGGUUGUCUCUUAAAAUAUUCCGACUCGGGUGUAAAAGGCGCCUCGUACUGAAACGAAGCAUACAUCGCUCAAAUAUUCAACGUCUUGAUUACGAGAUGACUCUGUGAGGCAUUCAAUUCCUGCACCAUUUAUUGAAAUAUAAAAGAGUAGCGAUUUAUGGCGCGCAAGAGAUAUUUGAGUCUUUUUCGUGAUGUUGGUCUGUGCCUCCUUUUCAAGGCUUCAAAAGAAGUCACAGCUGUCGAGAGGCGCUCGAAGCCUGCAAUGUACUUUGCAUUUGUUUUGGUAAUUUUUGGCAAAUGGCAUGCUAAAAUGGAAUCGUUUAAUGACCAAUGAACUCCACUCUUCCUCGUUUGAAGGGUAAAUAAUUUCUAGUGACCUUGGUACAUCAUCAGCCAAGUUCGCCUACUGCCAGAUUUUAAGUGCUUUUAAUUUUGUAAAACCAUUACAACUUUUAUUAUUGUUGUGUUUCAGCCCGAUGACUAACCACUUCCUUUUUUACUGUGUAAAAAUUGUGUUUGAAAAGCCAUCAGCCGCUAAGUGCUGCCAUUUUGUUAAAUUGCGAAUACUGAAUAAUUCUCGAUAGAAUGUGUUCGUUUUCCGCUCGAAGGCUUCGCUUUUAUUAGUUGUGAAUUGGGAACACGAAAAGGCGUGCCUUUGACUCGAAAAGCCCGUCUUAAUGGCAAUUUAACGUAAGUAUCAGCAAGCUAAAAACUGAAAAAACGUAAGAGGUUGCUCACCUUGUUCCUUUGCGGCAGCCAUUGUGGGUGGUAUCGUCGGAACUUUCAGCGAAAUUUCUAUUCUUUUAGACACAUUGUCGUGCUCCUUUAUGAAAGAGGUCAAGGUUUAUUAUGAUAAACAGAAAAGCAAUAAAAAGUCGUUUCUUUU